GCUGGGCCAAGCACUCUUAGGGCCGAGGGGCGCUGCAGCUGACAAGAGACAGGUGGUGAAGGGGCACAUGGUAGCCUCUGGCACCAGCAGCCGUUGCGUUGGGCACAGUCGGAAGGAGGAGAGAGACUUUUGCCCAGAGCUGACCAGGUGUACUGUGCCGUGCAGCACCGUGGUGGGGAGUGAGGCGGGGGUGUUCAGCCUUGGAGAACCUUCCUCGGUGCCACUCAAGCUGGCUUUCCCCUGGUAGGGCACCACUUCUGGGGCUCCUGGAAGACUGUGGACCUUCAAGUACUGAAGAUCCCAGAAGAGGGCAGUGGAGGUCCAUGUUGGGCAGGACACCACCCCACCCCUCCAUUGAUGCCUGUUCUCCCUGCUGUGCUGAGGCCCGGAGCCCCCAUGGCCUCACUGAGCCGAGCCCUACGUGUGGCUGCUGCCCGCCCUCGCCAGAGCCCUACCCGGGGCCUGGGGCCAUGCAACCUGUCCAGUGCAUCUGGCCCCACAGCCGAGAAGAGUGUGCCGUAUCAGCGGACCCUGAAGGAGGGACAAGGCACCUCGGUGGUGGCCCAAGGCCCGAGCCGACCCCUGCCCAGCACAGCCAACGUGGUGGUCAUUGGUGGAGGCAGCUUGGGCUGCCAGACCCUGUACCACCUGGCCAAGCUGGGCAUGAGUGGGGCGGUGCUGCUGGAGCGGGAGCGGCUGACCUCCGGGACCACCUGGCACACGGCAGGCUUGCUGUGGCAGCUGCGGCCCAGUGACGUGGAGGUGGAGCUUCUGGCCCACACUCGGCGUGUGGUGAGCCGGGAGCUGGAGGAGGAGACGGGACUACACACGGGCUGGAUCCAGAACGGGGGCCUCUUCAUCGCGUCCAACCGGCAGCGCCUGGAUGAAUACAAGAGGCUCAUGUCGCUGGGCAAGGCGUAUGGUGUGGAAUCCCACGUGCUGAGCCCGGCAGAGACCAAGACUCUGUACCCGCUGAUGAAUGUGGAUGACCUCUACGGAACCCUGUAUGUGCCGCACGACGGUACCAUGGACCCCGCUGGCACCUGUAGCACCCUCGCCAGGGCAGCUUCUGCCCGAGGAGCACAGGUCAUUGAGAACUGCCCAGUGACCGGCAUUCGUGUGUGGACAGAUGAUUUUGGAGUGCGGCGGGUCGCAGGUGUGGAGACUCAACACGGUUCCAUCCAGACGCCCUGCGUGGUCAACUGUGCAGGAGUGUGGGCAAGUGCUGUGGGCCGGAUGGCUGGAGUCAAGGUCCCGCUGGUGGCCAUGCACCAUGCCUAUGUCGUCACCGAGCGCAUCGAGGGGAUUCAGAACAUGCCCAACGUCCGUGAUCACGAUGCCUCUGUCUACCUCCGCCUCCAAGGGGAUGCCUUGUCUGUGGGUGGCUAUGAGGCCAACCCCAUCUUUUGGGAGGAGGUGUCAGACAAGUUUGCCUUCGGCCUCUUUGACCUGGACUGGGAGGUGUUCACCCAGCACAUUGAAGGUGCCAUCAACCGUGUCCCCGUGCUGGAGAAGACAGGAAUCAAGUCCACGGUGUGUGGCCCUGGGGAGACCCACAUGCAAGUCACUGACCACAGCCCGUGGGUGGGUGCUCUGACAGGAGGCAUGGAGUGGCUGGGUGGCCACAGCCUGAGGACACAGACGGGCGGCCAGGAUCGGGGGCAGCCCAGCCUGGCCCUGGAGGAAUCCUUCACGCCUGACCACAAGCCCCUGAUGGGGGAGGCACCUGAGGUCCGAGGGUUCUUCCUGGGCUGCGGCUUCAACAGCGCAGGAAUGAUGCUGGGUGGUGGCUGUGGACAGGAGCUGGCCCACUGGAUCAUCCAUGGGCGCCCGGAGAAGGACAUGCAUGGCUAUGACAUCAGGCGCUUCCAUCACUCGCUCACGGACCACCCCCGCUGGAUCCGAGAGCGAAGCCAUGAGUCCUAUGCCAAGAACUACUCCGUUGUCUUCCCCCACGAUGAGCCGCUGGCCGGGCGCAACAUGAGGAGAGACCCGCUGCACGAGGAACUCCUUGGACAAGGCUGUGUGUUCCAGGAGCGGCAUGGCUGGGAGCGACCGGGAUGGUUUCAUCCCCAAGGCCCAGCUCCGGUCCUCGAGUACGACUACUACGGGGCUUAUGGGAGCCGCGCGCACGAGGACUACGCCUACCGCAGGCUGCUGGCGGACGAGUACACCUUCGACUUCCCGCCCCACCACGACACGGAAGCCAGCGCAGAGCAGAGCCAGGACAAGGUGACUGGAGGCUCUUGGGCAUCAGGCCCCGUAUGGGCCCCUCCAAGAGACAAGCAGAGGGAACCAGAGCCGAGAGGGCUGUGGCCUGGAGUCUGCUUGCUGUUCCUGUUGCUCCAAAGUGGGCAGGCGAGGCUGGUCACAUGGGACAGCUGGCAGCCUGUCGCCCCUGCCUGGGGACCUGGCUCCCACGUGCAGGGGGUGGAGAUCAAGAAGGAGUGUCUGGCCUGCAGAGGGGCUGCCGCUGUGUUUGACAUGUCCUACUUUGGGAAGUUCUACCUGGUGGGACUGGAUGCAAGGAAGGCUGCCGACUGGCUGUUCUCCGCAGAUGUCAGCCGACCCCCAGGCUCCACCGUGUACACUUGCAUGCUCAACUGCCGUGGGGGCACCGAGAGUGACCUGACUGUCAGCCGCCUGGCACCCAGCCACCAGGCCUCCCCGCUGGCCCCCGCCUUUGAAGGGGACGGUUACUACCUGGCCGUGGGCGGGGCCAUGGCCCAGCACAACUGGUCCCACAUCACCACCGUGCUGCAGGACCAGAAGUUCCGGUGCCGGCUCAUCGACAACUCCGAGGAUCUGGGCAUGGUCAGCAUCCAGGGCCCAGCCAGCCGGGCCAUUCUGCAGGAGGUGCUGGAUGCAGACCUGAGCAACAAGGCCUUCCCGUUCUCCACCCACAAGCUGCUGAGAGCCGCCGGGCACCUGGUCCGGGCCAUACGGCUGUCCUUCGUGGGGGAGCUGGGCUGGGAGCUGCACAUUCCAAAGGCGUCCUGUGUGCCUGUAUACCGGGCUGUGAUGGCCGCAGGUGCCAAGCACGGCCUCGUCAAUGCAGGGUACCGUGCCAUCGACUCCCUGAGCACUGAGAAAGGCUACCGGCACUGGCAUGCAGACCUGCGGCCUGACGACAGCCCCCUGGAGGCAGGCCUGGCCUUCACGUGCAAGCUUAAGUCACCGGUGCCCUUCCUGGGGAGGGAGGCCCUGGAGCAGCAGCGGGCUGCAGGCCUCCGCCGGCGCCUGGUGUGCUUCACCGUGGAGGACAAAGUACCCAUGUUUGGCCUGGAGGCCAUCUGGAGGAACGGCCAAGUGGUGGGCCAUGUCCGGAGGGCCGACUUUGGGUUCGCCAUCGACAAGACCAUCGCCUACGGUUACAUCCAUGACCCCAGUGGUGGGCCGGUCUCGCGGGACUUUGUGAAGAGCGGGGACUAUGCCCUGGAAAGAAUGGGGGUGACCUACGGUGCCCAGGCCCACCUGAAGUCUCCCUUUGACCCUGACAACAAGAGGGUGAAGGGAACAUACUGAGGGCCCAGACUCCAUGCCCCAUCCCAUGCUGUCCGUCCAUUCCCACAGGUCCCAAAUGGCCCUGGAUCCCAGGACCCUGGACCUGGCCAGAACUUGGACCCUCCCUGUCCUUAGUAUAGGCCUAGUCCUGCUAAAACCCCCAAACCAGAUACAGAUAGAGACCAAGAUGGCCCAUCGUGUGGUCACCGACCAGAAGGCGGUCUCUAAUCCACCCCAAUCCUCCCAGAAAACAAGCCUGUAAGUGUCUUGGGCUCAGGGACCAUGGCUUGUAGUCAUCUCCAAGCUUCUAGAAGGUGCUUAGUAAAUACUUGAUAAGCCCCACGUGAAAA